AUGCUUCACGUUAGCUGCUCGACAACAAAUGUUACACUUGAUAAGGCCGUAGCUAUACUCACAAAUAUCAGCUCUAUGAAUACGACGGCUAUAGCAGAUGCUGUGACAGACUAUUUUGCUGUAUUAGAUACGAGCUUAAAUUCAACAACAAGAAACGCAUCAUUACUCGUAGAUGCCAACGUACUAGACAAUGUUAUUGAUAAUGGUAUUACAACAAGUGUUGCACGAAAUACAACAGAGCUAUAUCUUCGUGCUGCAUCACCAAAUAUCUUCAACGCCACUCUUCUUAUCGGCGCUGCCUUCAGAUCGUCUCGAGGUGGCACAGACGUCACCAAUGUAACAAACGUCACCCAACAAAUUCGAGAUAUAUUAGCUGCAGCCGUUGUGAGCGAAACUGAACAGUUCAGAAACGUUUCAUUAUUGAAAUUAUUAUUAAUUAAAAGACCGGAUAAUUAUUUACAGCAUGACACUAACAGUUCAAAACUAUCAUCUUCUGUGAUUCUUGUUGGCACUACACCAAACAUAAAUAAUACAAGUGUUCAACUUUAUUUUACACUUAUAUAUAACAGAGACCUUAUUGAUCCGACGCAAACAGAUCGUUUGCAAUGUUCAUUUUGGAAUGGAGCAGGCUGGGAUCGUAAGGGUUGUCAAGGAGCACCGACUCCUCGACCAGAUAUAAAUAGCGAUUCUAUUGCAUAUGAAUGCAACUGUAAUCAUUUCACAACAUUUGCUCUAAUUUGGUUACCAGCAAAUGUAUUAGGUGUACGACUAUGUUUCUUUGUCAGAGCAGCUGAGACAAGUGUCAAAGGAAAACAACAACGAAAACGAGUUGUUCUUGUUCUAUUAACAGCGUGUACCACACAAAGUCUUGCAUGGAUAUUUGGUAAGUACUAAUUACAUUCAGAGAAAAAGAACUAAAACUUUGAUAUGAUACUAUAAUUGUUUCCGCUCUGAAAGAGGUAGAUAACUGCUAUGAAUUGAUCUCGCAUAGCUAUUCUAGAGCUUUCUUCCAGGCAUGGGCGAGUCCGGGAGGGACCGAGUCCGAGCCGAGUCCGAGUCCUCAAAAAUUUAUUCCGAGUCCGAGUCCGAGUCCCUAACAUUAAGGACCGAGUCCGAGUCCGAG